AGCGCGCCAUGCAAGGCCGCGGGGGCGGCCUUCCGCUGGCGUGCCGCGCGGCGGCUCGAGCGCUGCCGCGCGCUUGGCGCGCCGCCGGGGCUUGGCUUCUUCUCCGGGCGGGGCCCGCUGGUCGACUUGGACCGGCGUCGGCUGGCACUGCCACCUCACCUGUCGCGCCUGGCGGCCGCCCGGGUGCGCCCCGCUACGCAGGACAACUACCUGCGAGCGCUGGAGGAGCUGCGGGACUUCGUCCUCCCCUGUGGCGGCCUGGCCGGCAGGCCCCUCCCGAUCUGGGAGGCGGCCAUCUGGGGCCAGCAGCUGGUUGCCUUCAUCGAGAAGCACGACGAGGGCCGCAGCAGGGACACGGCUCUCCGCACGCUGCACGGCCUCUGCUGGGGUCGGCCCGACCUCGGGCCCGCGAAGGGGGCGCUGCCGCUCGCGAAUGCGGCCGUCAGAGGUUGGGGGCGACUGGAGCCACCACUCUCCCGGCCGCCUGUCCCGCAGCCUGUGGCGUACGCCAUUGCGGGCCUUCUCGUCUCGGUCGGGAAGCUCUUCUUCGGCUUGGCGGUGGUCACGAUGUUCGAGUGCUACCUCCGCGCGUCCGAGAUGGUCGACCUCAGGUACUUCCAGAUCAUCGAGGGGAUUCAGUCCCUCGAGGGAGUGGGCUCCCGGCUGUCCUUCGUCUUCAGCGUGGCGGAGCUGCAGCAGCCCUCCAAGACCAACGAGGUGGACUCUUCGGUCGCGCUGGACCUCCCCCGGCAUGGCUGGCUCGAGUGGGCGCGGCGCCAGGUCAUGCGCUGCCACCGCGGCGAUCCUGCCGCGAAGGUCUUCGACCUCGACUACCCGCAGCUCCUCGCCGAGAUCGAGGCGGCCUCCGCAGCGGCGGGUGCCUCGGCGCUGGGAGUCACGCCGCACUGCAUGCGCCACGGCGGCGCGUCGCACGACAGGGCGACUCGGAUGCGGUCCCUGCAGGAGGUGCAGCGCCGCGGGUUUUGGCGCUGCGAUCGCUCCGUUCAGAGGUGCGAGAAGCACGCUCGCAUCGGCUUCGAGUUUCAGAAGUUGUCAGAGGCUGUGCGCCAGCGGGUGCUGGAGCUCGCCGGGGGCGCCAGGCUGGGCCACCAGAGGGUGUUCCUCGAGCUGUUCUCCGGCGGCGGCAACCGUUCCUCGCACGUCCGUCGCUUCGGGCUGGCGGUGAUCCCCGUGGACAUCGAGCACGGCCCGCACAUGGACCUCACCAAAGUCGACGUGUUCAACCACCUCAUGGGGUGGAUCGAUGCCGGCCUGGUUGCGAUCAUCUGGUCGGGCACGCCGCGCAACGGCAUGACCCGCGCACGUCGCGCACCGCCGGGCUCAGCGAUGCCUCGGGCCUUGCGGGACGCCUCGCACCCCACAG